AAAUAUAGCUGCGAAUUAAAUGUCACGACAGAUUUUACUGUAAAAUGCCUAGGUUUGAUUGAGUGAAUUCAAUUGAAAUACAUCCAUAAAUUUUCUUUAGCCACAAUAUAAUUAUCCAACUAAAUGAAACAUUACGUGAUACUACGCCAACACAGAAAAAAUUAUCCACUACACACACCAACCAAUAAUUUAGGAGUUAACCGUUUACUAUUCAAACAAGUUUCUGUAUACAUACCACCAUCGGGAAAUUCCAUUAUGGUUGGUCAAGAGUUUACAGAAGAUAUAUUUUGAAAAAUUAUCUUGUUUGAUGCAUCGUUCCCAUGGUAUAGUUUUAAGAAUUCAACUACUACGGAAAGCCAACUAAGUUAAUUCAAACGAAAGCGAGUGAACAAAAACUGGUUAUCUAACUUUAUGAAAAAUAAUGAAUGAUUUACCCACGUUAUUUGUUUCCAUCUCCCAGAGAAAUAGCUUUAUCAUGUGGAAUUAUAUCUAACACAGAGAGUCGAUCUCAAUCACCGGAUAGCCAACCAGAUACAGAGAAUAGUGCGAAUUCUGAUACGCGUCAGUCUCCAACUAAUAACCAGAUUCAAUCAUUACUGUGUCCAGAACGAUUACCUGCUUUGUGCUUUCCCUGCCUCAUCCCUUCAUCCUUUUGCAGCUCAACAGAUGAAAUGAGUAAUGAUCUUUGGAAAACAGCUUGUCAAACCGGACCAAGACCAAUCAUAUUUGUGUAUAGAUUUUCUUAUGGUCUACCUCAAGAACUAUUUGAUAAGGCUACAGUACGGUUGAAUUGGCCCGAACUAUUCAAAUUUCGAUAUACAGCACAUUGGAAGACAGGAGUGCAAAUGUUUAACAGUUUAAAUCGGAUAAUACUCAGAUUUCUACUCGUAAAAUCAGCUAAUGAAGACAGUUUAAUCAAGUUUGAAUUUCGUGCUCUACCAGUAGCAACCACAAAUUCAGAUGACAUUGAAAUUAGAACUCAAAAUGAUGAUACAGCAGCUAAUAUAGAUGAGGAAAACAGUGAAAAGAACACUUUAGAUGAAACUACAACGUUUGAUGCCAGUAAAUCAUUGAAAGAUAAUAAUGAUAAGCAUCAGAAACAUAAACAGAAGCCUAAGUGGCAUAAAUGGCCUGUUUCAGAGGAAAAUCUUUGGAAUCUUAUGUUGCCCAUAUUGAAGGAAUUCGAUUCCAUAUUAUUAGCUUAUAAAGGUGA